AUGGCUCACAAUCCAAUCAUCGAUCAUUAAUCAAAUAGCACAGAUCAUUCAAUUGAAAAUUUGUCUGAUCAAAAUUCUGAAGAAUCUUUUGAGAUCGUCUAGCGAAAAUUUAGAAACAAAAAAUGCUAUUAAGAGGAGGAACCUCUGAAAAAGAAGAAGGACCUUUGCCGAAAUUAUUAAAUUAAUGGUAGUUGUAAAUAUGGAGAUCAAUGUUUUUUUAUACAUACCCCCGCAAAAACUGAAAACUACAGUUAUUCCACAGCAUCUACUAAGACUAAGCCUUGUAAGCGUUAUUUUAGUGGGUUUUGCUGUUUUGGACCUAAAUGUUAGUUUUUACAUAAUGAAUGUAUUGAUCUUGUUGAAUAGAGGGAAUUCGUAGAAAAGCAAUUCAAAGAAUUGAAACUGAUGGUUCCUUUGCAUCCAAAAAAACUAGAUUAAUCUAUAAGGUUCGAUUUAUAGAGAUUUCAUCAUCUUUAUAAAAUAUUUGGAAGGAAACUGAACUUCAAAAGAGAUGAUUUGGUAAUGAAUAAUUGUAAAAGUCGAUUAAAAAUAUUUAUAUCAAUUUGUAGAAAGUAGGAUAGAUUUGAAUAAUUGUUGAUGUCGAAUAAUACGAGUAGAAAGGAGAGUGAGCAAUGUUGA